AAGCCUCUCGGCACCGGAGAGACAGAACUGCAAAACACAUAAUAGAGCCCAGCCUGAGUUCCAGGUUAUCGGUAAUAAAUGGAGAGCUCAAGGUCCAAAAAUCAACGAGAGCACCGAGUGCAGACCAAAAAACAGGUGUAGGGGAAGCGGAAUCGGAUGCUGAAAAAGCGGAGGAAGGGGAUGAGGAUGAGGAUGACCUCGUAGACGUUGAGGCUGACAUCAUGCUGUCUGAUACAGAGGGUGGCGCUACAAUUAGCAAGGCCGCGAUCGAAAACGCCACGAAGGUGGUUGACGUUGACAUCAACGGAGGAUGGGAAAUCGGGCAACCGGUUCCCUACUCUUCCCUUGCUCAUGUCUUCGGACUAAUUGAGGCAACCAGCAAGCGACUCGAAAUUACCUCAAUCCUAACUUCUUUCCUCCUUCUGGUCAUCAAACGGUCAAAGGAGGGUGAUCGUUCUUCACUACUCCAAUCCGUGUAUUUGUGUAUCAAUAAGUUGUGUCCAGAUUAUCAAGGCUUGGAACUUGGUAUAGGGGAGUCGCUCCUCAUCAAAGCCAUCGCUGAAAGCACAGGCCGCAAAAUGGACGCCAUCAAAACCGACCUGAAAGAUGUCGGUGACCUUGGAUUAGUCGCGAAGAACUCCAAGAACAGCCAGAGGACCUUGUUCAAACCCAAGUCACUCACGAUCCCAUUUGUGUUCUCUCAGCUAACUGAGAUCGCAAAGACUGCAGGUCACUCAUCACAAAAUAAGAAGAUUUCGAUUAUUACCAAACUUUUGGCUGCCUGCUCAGCAACAACGGACGAAGCGAAAUACAUCAUUCGAUCGCUUGAAGGCAAGCUGCGUAUCGGUCUAGCCGAACGGACACUGAUCGUGUCCCUGGCACACGCCCUCGUGUUACGAGACCAAGAGAAGGCCGGCCCGGCAAAGAGCAAAGAAUCACUGGCACUCAAGCUGGAAAGAGGAGCGCAAGCUCUGAAGAGUGUGUAUAGUGAGCUACCAUCGUAUGAUCAUGUCAUUCCGGUGCUACUGAGAGUCGGGAUCGAGGGGCUCAAGGAAAAGUGCAAGCUAACCCCAGGCAUUCCUCUGAAGCCUAUGCUAGCAAAACCCACGAAAGCUAUUGGAGAGGUUCUGGAUCGAUUCGAAGAAAAACGGUUCACUUGCGAGUAUAAAUAUGAUGGCGAGCGAGCACAAGUUCAUAGAUUAGAAGAUGGCACUAUCCGCGUCUUCAGCAGAAAUUCUGAGGAUAUGAGCGCCAAGUAUCCAGACAUCUAUGAGCAACUACCAAAGGCCAUCCAAAGCAAUACCACAUCAUUCGUGUUGGAUAGCGAGGCGGUUGCUUUUGAUCGUACGACCAUGAAGCUGUUGCCUUUCCAAGAACUCAGCCGCAGAAAACGGAAAGACGUUAAAAUUGAAGAUAUCAAAGUUUGGGUUUGUCUAUUUGGCUUCGAUCUGCUUUACCUUAAUGGGGAGCCACUUCUUCACAAGACGUUGGCCGAAAGACGGACACACCUGCAUCAGCACUUCCAGGAGGUGCCUGGCGAGUUCAUGUUCGCCAAAUCUUCCGACAGCGAAACAACCGAGGAAAUCCAAGCUUUCUUGGAAGAGAGCGUCAAGGACGGUUGCGAAGGCUUGAUGGUGAAGAUGCUUGAAACUGACGCCAGCUACUACGAACCGAGUCGGCGGAGUAUCAAUUGGCUUAAGUUGAAGAAGGACUACCUAAAUGGAGUAGGAGACUCCUUUGAUCUGGUUGUCGUCGGCGGCUACUACGGCAAAGGAAAACGCACUGCCGUUUACGGUGCCUUCCUUCUAGCAUGCUAUGACUCAGAGUCUGAAACGUUCCAGACCAUUUGCAAGAUCGGGACAGGUUUUUCAGAGGAGGCUCUGAAAACACACACUGAAGCACUGAAAGGUUUGGAGAUUGACAAAUGUCGCUCAGACGUUGAUGCGGGAGGUGCGAGGCCCGAUAUAUGGUUCGAGCCAAAGAUGGUGUGGGAAGUGUUGGCUGCGGAUUUAAGUUUAAGUCCAAUAUACUCGGCCGCAAAGGGAACAGUUGACUCUCGUGGAAUCUCGUUACGAUUUCCUCGGUUCAUACGCAUCCGAGAUGAUAAGAACGCGGACGAUGCCACAGGUCCAGAACAGAUUGCAGAAAUGUAUGAGCGUCAGUCACUGGCGAACAAGGGCCCAAAGAAAGGCGCAGCGGAGGACGAUUUCUGGUGAUCUAAGCCCCAAUGUACUGGCACUAUGGUACCCGCGAAUUCGGUCCUUUAUGUACAAUUUUCCAUCGAUCACUGCUGAGAAUAUGAAAAAAGAACGCAACCCAUUCAUUUAUACGUCCCUGGCUUGUUACUGGUCGCGGGGACAGUUCCUCAUUCAACAAUCAUGAGUGUACUCCGCUACAAGCAGCGCGGGCUACGAGGUGAAGUACGAUACUCGAGUGCAGACGAAACAACAGCAAGAAACCAUGCUAAUCGAUCGUCAUCGACGGUGAAGUUGCGAUUAUAACACCCCCAAUCUUUCCUU